AUGGUGCAUUCAUUGUGGACUAUACGUCCUUCGACGAUGGGGUUUGAUGCACUUGAUUUGUAUGGGAUAGUCGAUCAUCCCCAUUUGUUCACAGUUGAACUUCGUCAUGGUGGAAAGUUCACACCUUUUCCGAAUGUAAGAUACGUUGAAGGGAAACUUACGUAUAUUGAUUUAGUUGAUAUAGACGAGUUUUCAAUGCAUGAACUCGACGCUAUGAUGCUAGAACUAGGAUACGUGGUUCCCCCAGUAAUAUAUUAUCACUUCAAGAUUCCCAAUGAAGACUUGAUUUUUGGCCUUAGAGCUCUAGGUAAUGAUCAAGAUGUGUGUAACCUAGCUAAAUAUACUAGAGCUAACAAGGUGAUCUAG